ACACGACAACAGCGAGAAUCUCAACUUUUGGAAUUAACGCGAAAUUCUGACCGCAAACACCUGCCCUAGACGUCAAUUGAACAGCCAGCACCCAGGCGCAGGAGCCCACUGCGACUGCGGCGCCAUGGCGAUGCAAUGGCCUCAACAGGCAACGUGGCCAACCCCAAUUCACGAGCACGCUACACGCCUCAGCACCUACCUUCAAGACACACUGAACUGCAUCGAACACACCAACAGCCAGCCCGUACCCGCAGACCUCGUAAAGACCAUCAUCCACGGCACGGUGACGUUCAUCCUGAAAGUGCAGCACACCCCCAACCUCAACGCAAUAAGCGACGCUCUAAGAAUCCUCCAAACGGAAGCAAAGGCUACGGCGGACGAGAACGCACAGACACUCAGCGACAUCAAAAACGAGCUCAAAAGCAGCACCGAAGCCGUACGACAGUCCAUCGCAGCCACACAACAGAAUACCAAUACGGGGGAGGAAGCGAGAGCAGCCGCAAAGGAAGCAUCAGAAACCAGCAAGGCAGUCCUGGAAAUGACUAGGGAGAUCAAAACCAGGGGGCUGCAGAAUCAGGCAAACGGACCGAUGACCUAUGCUGCGAUGGCAGCGAGAUGCCAGACACUAGCAGGCACAUAUAAUACACAGAGUCCCAAAGGCCCGUCAGCACAAGCACAACGUGAGGUCAUCGUGAAUAUCCGAGAUUCAUUUACCAUACAGAGCCUAAGGGCAAUGAACUCCCGCAACUUGAAAGCCCAUGUAGAGCGAGCUAUUGAACAAAGCGGAAACGAAAACAUCACAAACACCAAGAUCGUCUCAUCCAACCAGCUGAAGAGCGGAGACCUAAGCAUAAAGACAGCCAACAACAACGAAGCAGAAGCACUACAGCAAUUCGCAGAUGACUGGGUCCACCGUAUCGGCAACAGGGCCACAGUACGGAUUCCGACGUACGGCGUAAUCGUGCACGGAAUCAGCAAUGAUACACCCUGA